ACUCACUCCUAAAAUUGAAUGGUGACACGUAAAUUGUUAUUAGAGGGAGCAUCUUUCUGCCUUAAUUAACGCUUCUCUCGUAUAGUACUUGUCUGCUUUAUCAAAGUCGUUUCACACACAACAAGGUGUUGUUCUGUAUCUCAUUUAUCCUUUAAUUUGUAGGAAAAAAAAAAGGAAGAAGAAAUCAGCAAGCAAAAAAAUGGUGAAAGAGAGGAAGAUUGGUGUGGCAAUGGAUUUCUCAAAGAGCAGCAAAGCAGCUCUAAAAUGGGCUAUUGAUAACAUGGCUGAUAAAGGUGACACUCUUUACGUCAUCCACAUCAAUCCUAAUUCUUUGGAUGAGUCCCGCAAUAUCCUAUGGGCUCAAUCUGGUUCUCCUUUAAUUCCGUUGAUGGAGUUUAGGGAGACUGAGGUGAUGAAGAAAUAUGAAGUGGAGAAUGAUAUUGAAGUUCUUGAUAUGCUUGAUACUGUUUCUAGGCAGAAACAGAUAAGUGUGAUUAUCAAAGUAUACUGGGGAGAUGCUAGGGAGAAACUAUGUGAAGCUGUUAAAGAUCUGAAGCUGGAUUCUAUGGUUAUGGGUAGUAGAGGCCUCGGUCCCCUCCAAAGGAUACUCUUGGGAAGUGUGACCAAUUAUGUAUUGUCCAAUGCGACUUGCCCUGUGACUGUUGUUAAGCAUCCAGAUUUUAAGUACUGAUCAGGUUUUAUAUGGUUGAAUGUAACAUACAUAUGCUACUUAUGAUAUCAUUUUCAAAUAAGAUGAAGACUUGUUAUAUGUAAUUUCUAUUAUGAUGAUGAUUUCCUUCUUUCAAUGCUAAAUGAGACAAAUCUUAUUUUUAGUUUCAA